AUGUUUCUUCCCUGUUUACCAAUGUGCCUUUGGAUGAAACCAUACAGCUACUCAUUGAUAUGGCUUUCACGAACAAUUGGUUCAAUGAAACGUACGAAAUUCAUCUCAGUAGAGAAGACCUUGUCGAUCUUCUCAAAGCAGCAACUAAAGGUCAACUUUUCAUUUUCAAUGGUCAGCUGUAUGAACAAACAGACCAGUGGAGGAUCCAGACCUUCAGAUAAGGGGGGGGUGGUCAUCCAGACCCUGAGAUAAGGGGGGGGCUGGUCUAAAAAAAAUUUUUUUUUCGGCACUUCGGGCCUCAUUUUGGUCUAAGUAUUAGGGCCGCCGGCCUCUCCCCUAGAUCCGCCACUUCAGACGGUGUCGCUAUGGGAUCCCCUCUCGGUCCUUUACUCGCUAAUGUGUUUAUGUGUAGCAUUGAAGAAAGAUUGGAGCAGGAAGGCAAGAUGCCCACAUACUACAGGCGAUUUGUUGGUGACACACCGACCGUCAUUCGAAACAAAACAUCUCUGGAGAAUCUUUCUUGAGACUUUCAACCAGUGUCACUCCUCCGUUAUGUUCACCGUGGAGAUU